AUGUCAGAGGCCGAAGCAGCCAGCGGGGGUCCAGGGCUUCUCCAAUAUACCUGCCGAGCUUCACUCGCGAUUUAUCGCCCACACUUCCGCCCGUCUCUUCAAACCCCCAGACGGCAGCUGACUAAUAUGAACUCGACUUAUCUCCUGCGCGGCAUUCUUCUGCUGGCCCAUCUCCUCCAUGAUCGCGCCUCUGCAGCAUAUCGAGGACGUGAGGUUGAAGAAGAAAUGUCCAAUUCGAUCGAAUUAUCUCAUGCUCCUCUUAUAAAGCAGAGCGUACCGGAAUCAUCCGGUCAACUCGCUGCACUGACUAUGUUCCCCGUUGGUCAAUCUCCUUAUAUGUUUUCCCUUUGGUCAAUCUCCUUAUUCAAGGGCAAGAACCAUCUCGCAAAGGAAUAUUGGCAUUUUUCCGAGCGAAACCCAAAGGUGCAUCAGUCGAAAAUUAGCGGUGAAUAUAGGGUCUCAACCUGGGAACUGACAAAGACACUUGCCCCAGGUCAAACGAGCUCGCCGCAAAAACCUGUCGGAGUGGAUAAGGAACUCAGAAAGUGGCUGGAUGAUAUUUACAACUACGCCGCGGGAGCCUCAGGAUUCCUAAGUGGAAGAUGCAAGGAACCCCAAUCGUUCAGGGCGUACGCUGAAACAAUCGACCCGGUUCGCAAGCUGAUGAAACAACUCAAGAAAGAUCCAAGAAGUCCACAUAUGGCCGGACUGCUCACUGAGGUCUUGGAGCAGAUCUUCGUCCUGAGCGGAAAAAACGAUGCGGAGCGUGUCGUGAUUGCAGCAUGUGCCAAAGCACUUGCCGAUGUUACUCAAGCCUUGCAACUUAAAGCAGAGUCCAUCAACAUCGAAAAGUGGCAUGAGUAUAUGAAAAAUCCUGACAACUCCCAAGUCGUUCUUUUCUUGUACCAUCUCCAGAUAAUGUGGUUUCCCCAAUUCUGA